UCAGAUCAAUCGUGGGGUCUUCAGCAGGACGUUAAUGAGACUAGGCAUAUUCCAUUCGACAUGUAUAUGGUACUUGCCACUAAAGGAAUGGUUCAAACCGAGACUGGAUUUGGUCAAAAUAAAAAUUUCCGAUUAACUAAACUGGGAGGAGCUUCACUUAUGCCUGCUAUGUAUUCUAGAGAACAAAAAGAACUUAUCCCUUCUUCAGAUCCUUAUCCAAUAAGCGAAAUACAACGUGAAGAGCAACAAAGACACCUAUCAUUACAAGGCUUAACUUCCCAUGCUGAAACAUUCCGGAGACCAAUCCUUACUUCAGACACCUACCCAAUAAGCGAGAUGCAAUGUGAAGAACAGGAAAGACAUUUGUUAUUGCAGGAUGUAACAUCUCAUACUGGAACGUUUCAGAAACUAAUUCUACCAAACGAUCUUGAAUUUCUUUAUUGGCAACAGCAAGAAGAGCAAAAUCGAGAUGUAACUUCUUCUUCACAAGAAUCACAUCUGACUAAAGGGGUAUUACCAGCUAUAUAUCCAGAAAAAGCGGUACAGGAUAGUCUAAUUACUAAUACAUUUCCUAAUGCACAUUUAACAAAUGUCACCAGGACAAUUCGAUCACUUCGAACUGGAGAUGAUAUGCGACAUACAUCGGGGCUAGGUUUCUUUGAUUCAAUCAGACAUCUUGCUAUUUCAGAAAGAUCCGCUCCUUCACAAAAAAACCCAACUUUUUCACAUAAACAAGAAUUCAUACGGCAUUUAAAUCAGGUAUUACCUAAAUCUGCUGGAGCCGAUAAUUUUAAUAUUCAUGUUUAUAGUUUUGCACCUCCACGG